AUGAUCACGGUGCCGCGCGUCAUGAUCACGGCGACGCGUGUCCCCUUGGAAGCGGCCAUGGCCGCCGCAACAAUGAUCGUGAUCAUGAGGCCAACCUCGAGUCACUUCAGCAUAUGUCCUCGUAGGAGUGCUGGGACAUCCGGGGCCCCCCCAGCGCCGGAAUGUCCGAAUACCCAGGUGGGCCCACAAGGCAGAGCGCGAGCCGUGAGUGGACCAGAGGCACAGGCGGGGUGUGCACGGUCCGUCUAUGGCCCAGCGGGCUCGCACUCAUGUCUCAUUGAGCCCCCCCGGGUGUCUAGUACCCAGUCUGUGGAUCCAGAGGCCUUCCGCCCGCCUCCGUUGGGCGGCACUCCAUCUGGAGUUGGCUUGGACCACACACGCCCGGACAGAAGCCCACCCGUGCCGGAUAAAGUGUUGGACAAGCGGCCGGAAGACCUUACCGCUGUGGCGAUUGACCAGCCAAGGGAUGUUCCGCAAGGGAGCGCUGCUCCGGGCCGAGGGCGGAUCUCCGGUGGAACUGAUCCGAGCCCUGACAAGCAGAUCACCCAGGCUGGGAUUUUUGCGGUAGGCCGAGACCAGAUAAUAGUCCUUCAGUUUGCCGCUUUUCUCCACAAAGGUACAAAAGUUACCCUUGACCCUUCUGGAAACCUGUACCGCCGCAGGCGAGAAGGUUGUAAUGAGGGGGAUCAUGUGUUUACCAGGGGGAGGCUUCUUCUGGUCCAGGAAGCACCUGAACUGUCUCCUGAGGAAGGAUCUGGAAUACCCUCUCUUCCUCAGGGCCGUGAACAGGGCUCCCAUGGCCGUUACAAAGUCCUCCCGCCUGGUGCAGAUCCGGUGGAACCUCAGCAGCUGGGACUUCACCAAUCCCGCGUAGGUGUGUCGGGGGUGGAAGCUGGUUUUGUGGAGGAGGGCAUGGGUAUCCGUCUCUUUAAAAAACACCUUAAUGUCCAAAUGGUGAGUGGAGGUGAAAUCCGGACCCUUGAAGGUGGUAGUGUCCAGGAAGUCCACUGACGUGGGGCUGGUGGUGGACUUAAUGGUGAUACUGGGGUUGUGGGUAUUCAGGGUGUGGCGGAACCCCUCAAAUUCCUCCAUGGAAUGAGUCCACACCCCCCAGAUAUCAUCCAAAUACCUGAAAUAAUGGAGGGGUCUGAUUGCGCAGGCAGCAAGGGCAGAGGUCUCCCAUUCUGCCAUGAAGAUGUUAGCAUAGGCCGGAGCAAACUUUUUGCCCAUGGCCGUGCCCUUGAUCUGUAGAAAGAACCGGCCAUUGAACUCAAAGUCGUUCCUCCUGAGGUUGAUGUCGAGAAGCUGGAGGAGUUCCUUCUCGGGCCUGCUAACAUCUCGGUAUUUAUAAAAAAUGUUUUUGACGGCUUGGAUGCCCUGGUCAAUGUCAAUAUUCGUGUACAAACUAUCAAUAUCAAUGGUGAACAAGACUGCCUCUUGGGGAAUGAUCAAAUUUUUAAUUUUGUCAAUAAAGUCAUAUGUGUCCUUAAGAUAACUCUCGUGUUUAAUGGAGAGUGGGGUCAAAAAGUAAUCUAUAAACGCCGCCGUCCUGUAGGUUUCACUGCCGCAGUCGGACACAAUGGGCCUGCCCGGGGGUAUCUCGUACGGUCGGCUCCACUUGUGUCGUUCCUUGUGGAUCUUGGGGAGCAAGUAGAACCUACGGGGGCGGGGCUCCGAUUCGCCCAAGAGGUAAGUCUUUUGUUUGUGGUUAAUGAAUCGUUUUUUCAUUAAAUUUUUGACUAUGUUUUCGACCAUAGGGAUCGUUUGUGGGUAAAUGGGCGUGGCCAAUGGUUGGUAGUAGGUGGUAUCACUCAAUUGUCUGGUGCCCUCCCAGACAUAUUGAGACCUAUCCAUGAUGACCACUGCGCUACCCUUGUCUGCCGGCUUAAUAAUUAUGUUCCUGUUGUUUUUCAGGCUAUGCAGGGCCUCUGUUUCGUACCGCGUCAGGUUGGGCGCGACCGCGAGGGCGCAGCCCGAUAGGAGCGACGGGUGUUCGUCCGCCAGGACCAGCGUUUGGACCUCUGGAGGAAGCAGUCCCGGUGAGGGCUCCCAAUCGGACCUCGGGGUGAAAGGUCGCGGCCCAAGAGACUCUUGCUUUUCAUAGAAAACCGCAGUUUUGACACUUCUAUGAUAUUCCUGCAGGUCGAAUUUUACUUGAUGGUGCCACUCUGGACUGAGGCUGGUGGACGGGACGAAACUGAGGCCCUUGUCGAGGAGGGAAUGCUGCGAUGAGGUAAGUAGGAAAUUUUUUGAUAAAUUUACGAUGUUUUUGUUUGUGUUUAUGUUUCCCCCCCGAAAGGUCGGGCUUUUGGGGAGGUCAAGUUUAAACAGUGAUACCAGUGCCUCAUCAUGUUCUUGGCUGUGUCCUUUGUCCAAUGGAUCUUGUCCCUCCCCGUUUCAAAAUCGUCGUCGGCGAGUGCCGGGAAGAAUUGGAGGCGGGCUUGGAUGUAAUUGUUAAUCAGCCGGAGGUUGUCCUUGUGUUCCUCGGGCAGGGAUUCCGAGAAAUUGAGGAGGGGGAUGAAGACUUCGGCAUUAGGGAAGGUCGUUUUGGCCGCUUUAAGGGCCCUCCGGAGCUGUUUGAAGGUGGUAACCUUGGGUUUUUGUUCCCUAUUAUUGAUACCGAAUGCUAAGACCACCUUCUCAACCUCAGGACUAACUGCUGUUUUUUUCAGGAUGGCCUCUGCAUGGAGAAAUCUGGCCCCCGGGUAGCUGUCGAUCUGGAUGUCCUGGUGACGUAAGGCUGGAAGGUGCUUGAGGUUAGAGUCCCCGAUCACCACGACCUUCCUGCUGACAGACAGGUGCCAAUCCAUCAUUUUUCGAUCCGAGUUGAUGUGCACAGUGGGCUUUCUGGCAGUGCUCGGACUCGUAGGCGUGGUAACCUGCGCCGUACUAUUGUCUUCUGUCGGCUGUGAAGUCGAAGUGACUGUUUUUGUUUUUUUCUGGCUUCCAGAAAACAGUUGGGCCCAACUUGGGGUUCUCAGACCCAGGACAGGCCUGUCUGGGACGGACGUCUCCGGGAGGGGCACGCCCGGGAGGAGUGGAUCCGGGACGGGUAGGUCCAAGAGGGGCGUGUCCGGGAGGGGCGUGUCCGGAAGAGGCGUGUCCGGAAGAGGCGUGUCCGGAAGAGGCGCGUCCGGAGGAGGCGUGUCCGGAGGAGGCGCGUCCGGGAUGGGCGGGUCCGGGAGGGGUUCCUGUGACCGCUCAGGGUAGAGUAGGUACCAGGGUGGAGGCGUGUCCGGGGAAGACUGAUCCCGUGUGGGCGACCCCGACUGCUCAGGUAAGUGUUGGUCCGUCUCUGGCUGGUCAGGAGUCCCCCGCACAUUCUCAUCCCCAUGUAUCAAAAUCAACGCACUGUGUUCAACAGGUGGAGCCGGGCGAGGCGGCGUGUCGGAGACCACCGGGAGGACCCCGAUCUCAGCACCGACCCGCGAUCGCGGCCCUUGCGGCCGGACCAAAGGUGCCUCGACGAUAGCGUCGUCGGCAGGUCUGCUGCACGGCUUGCGAGGUCGCGUUGCUCUCUGGGCCACAGAUGGUUCGGUAGCCGGAGAGGAAGGCGACAAGACCGGGAAAGGGACCGGAGUCACCCGUCCACGCGGGCCCCGAUCCUGCUCCACCUCAGGGGACCACUCCCUGGUAAUGGGGUCGGUCAUGGUGGACACCGUGGCGUGUGCAGCGGCAGUUGGUAGAAUGACCGGCGGGGGCAGCGAGGGGUGCACCACCUCCAUGACAACGCGGUUGUCCAACGAGUCCGAGUCCGCUCGAGGCUCGGUACGUCGGCGCCGCGCUGGGGGCAACACCUCCUCAACGGCCCGGGUGUCAACCAAGACCGAGUCCACCUGAGACUGGGCCUGCUGGAGCGUCUCAGUCGUCAGCCUGCGCCCUAGGUGUGUCUUGGCCCACGCCGAGGCCACUUUGAAUGGGGCUUCCCAAUUGUGUGAAAUAAAUUCCCCCAGUUUAUCAGCUUCUGAUUGCAGUGUUUUAUGGUAAUGUUCCCUAAGAAUUAUAAUUGUAGAAUGUGCCCAAUUUUUUGCAUUACCCUUUAUCCGGUCUUCUGUGUCGGGGUUGGUAACAGCUGGUCUGAUGCCCGUCGUCAAAGCAAGUUCCAUCCUAGUGAUGGUAAGUGGUUGUUGUUCCUUGCUGACGUUUUUUAGAUGAUGUACCACUUUAAUGAUGUUGUACAUAAUCCUAGCUAUGGAGCUAAAGUCGGGGUCCAGAUUGUCAGGAGAAGAUGCCCUGGGGGGAUGUGCCUGGUUAAUCUUGGCUGUUCUUUCUUUGCGGCGUUUUCCCCGUGCUGUUUUGUGUUGUUUGUUACCCCUAUGAUUUGCCCUAUGAGUCCCCCUGGGAUAGGGAGGGUUAUCAUGGGUAGGGUGGAAAUUUCCCCUGUUUUGGCGGGGCAUGUCAUCUGCCGGAAAAUUGGGAUGUUGCGGUUGGAAGCCUCUGAAAAAUGUGUUAUUAUUUUGGCGUGCAGUGUCGUUGUUUCGCCACUGUGGGGCGCUGUCUCGUAUCUCACGCGCGUUAUGAUCCCGGUGACGCGCGUCAUGAUCCCGGCGACGCGCGUCAAGAUCCCGGCCACGCGCGUCAUGAUCCCGGUCACGAGCGUCAUGAUCUCGGUCACGCGCGUCAUGAUCCCGGUCACGCGCGCCACGAUCACGGUCACGCGCGCCAUGAUUACGGUCACGCGCGUCGC